UAUAUGUUGAUAUCUGAACCACAAUAUAGCCGCGAACGACGUAGGAAACGAGUAAACCAAGGACUUGUAUUGUGAUUACUCAUCUUUGAUCAGAUUUUGAUGACUCGACCGCUCGAUCGUCCGCGGGUUAUUCAGGUCAACUUCUCACAUGAAAGAUAUCAAAUUUACACAGGAAGUAUAUAAAUAAUCGUCAAAUUUUUUUGACCGUGGUAAAAAUCACACGCUGGUAAAUAUCUCAUCAAAUGAGAGACGUUCAUUUGUUGUUUUCGUCGUUAUCUUGCUCCAGUAAAUAGACUUCUCGAAGCGAUGAAUGGUAAGAAUGUCGAAGACCCGUCUUGUUGGCAGCACAAAGGUCGAACACUCGUCGAACGUAAUACCCAAAUGCUUUUAAAUACGGUCUUGAGUGACGUGAGCUUCGUCUUUGUUGAUGAAUUUAGCGAAGAGGAACGUCUGAGUGAACCGAUACCAGCUCAUAAAUAUAUUUUGUCUAUUAGUUCACCAGUUUUUUUCGCCAUGUUCCAUGGAGAAAUGGCGGAGAAGACAGACCAGAUUGAAAUGCCCGACUGCGACAAGAACAGCUUCGUUCAAUUUUUAACCUUUCUGUACACGGAUAGUUGCGCUUUGAGUAUGGACAACGUAGCGAGUGUUUUUUAUCUUGGCAAGAAGUACAUGGUACCAUCCCUAAUAGAUUAUUGUACAAAUUACUUGAUCAAGAAUCUUACAGCACAGAACGUGUUUAGCAUUUUGUCGCUGGCCGAGCAAUUUGAGGAAACCGAGCUGGUCAACAAGUGUUGGAACAUUGUCGAGAUACAAUGCACUGAGGCAUUGACCAGUGAUUGUUUUCUUCGAAUAUCGCUUACUAUACUCAAAGAUCUUCUCGAUCGAGAUACACUGGAUGUUUCCGAGUUUGCGCUGUUCGAAGCUUGUGCAAAGUGGGCAGAGCAUCAAUGUGAACAGCUUGGUGUACACAGCACCCCCGAUGAGAAGCGAAAAGUGCUUGGGGAUGCUCUAGACUUGAUUCGUUAUCCUGUCAUGGGCGAAGACCGUUUCGCGCGAGACGUUGUUCAAACAAAUUUGCUACCACCAGAAACCGUCGUGCAAGUGUUCCUUGCGUUUAGAAAUCUUGCCAAAGAACAGCGUUUCUCGAGGAAAGCUCGAAAGAAGCGCUGGGAUAUUUUGCUGUGCAACCGUUACUCCGACGCAAAAGAGAAAGUGAAAUACUACAUUCCUUUAGUCAAAGACCGGGGCAAUCCGGGUCUGCCCGAUCGUAUAGCGUUCACGGUGAACAAACAAGUUAUGUUUCACGGAGUUCGGUUGUUCGGUGAGCAUACGGGUGAAAAGUACAAAGUAAAACUUGACAUCAGCGACAACAACAACCAAGUGAUUGGAAUCAAGAAAGGCGAGUUUACGUCAAAAAUUGUACACUAUCAAGAAAAGGGUUUGUACGUUUUCGACGUGUUCCUGAACGAACCCGUCGACAUAAAGAUAGGCACGCGCUACACGUUGGCUGCCAUGCUCGAAGGACCGAGGACUUGUUACGCCAUCAAUGCCUCCCCCUCCGUGGAUUCUAACGGUGUCAUUUUUACCUUUUUCGACGUGGACAACUCACACAGCGAAACGAGCGUGCGUACCGGUCAGUAUAUGAGUCUGUUCUUCUCUCUGCUCAAUGGAGAACAACCUCCUCCCUCGAAACCCAGUAAAAGUGAAAAGAAAAGCAGCAACUCAAAAUGAAGACAAACGUUGGGCACACUCUGCAUACUGACGUGAAGUAUUCUCAAAGUACCAGGCCCCAAGUUCUUUCCACUCGAAAAAUUCAUUUGCAACGAUUUCACGGUGGGACUUGUCCUCUCCUGUAAAUGAAAACGCUUCUGAGAUACGAGAAUGACUUCGUAUACAUUCAACUCAAUGAUUUAUCAGAACCGAAUUCCAUGAAGUUUCGAACUACAGUGUCACUGUGAGGCAAGAACGCCAUCUUGAAAAGGGGCAAAAAGCUAAUAAACUCUCAAUCAAAAACAAGUUAAUUGAUUGUAUAAAAAAUAAAUCCUAUCAAACGUUAAAAAAACCAAACCUAGACUUUAUUCGUAAAUAUCGUCAGUUUUUUCAUCUUUCAAGAUGGUGGCUUGCCUCACACACGUAACGAUAUAAUUUUGGUGGACGUAGGUAUCCAGUAGAUUGGAUUCUAGGUCAUCCACCCAACUGUGCAGAUACAUGCUUUAAUAUCCUUAUCAUAAGAAUAUUUUCGAAAUUGGGUGCCAAACAAAGAUUGCGACAAACAUAUUUCAAUAUACAUUUGAAUGCAUAGCCAUAUACAUAAAACAUAUCUUGGGAAUGCUAUAGCGAUCAUUUUAUCGGAGAAAAAUUUUAUCACCAACGGUCGAAUGAGUUACAAUACUAUGAAAAAUAUGUCUGUAUUUUUCUUUUAAUUUCAAAUAUUUAUUUUACACAGAAA